CAGUCGCUAUCAGUCAGCGUAUCUGGCCGCCUUCCAUUUCAUUAUUCUCGUUUCACCUUUUUGUUAGUUUGGAGCUCAUUAUUCCUGCCAGGUAACGACAAUCCACACUUCCUGCGCAUUGCGGACAAGAUUCUGAUGGCUCUAGAUAAUGAUCUCAUUGCGUGGUAACUCCUGAUAUCCACAUCACAUCCUCGCAGGUGAUAGUAGGAAAAGCUUCUUCGCGUAAUCGAAUCACCAUGCAUACUCCAGCCCUCCAGGACCCUUCUCAACUUGCUGUAUGAAGUUUAGGUUUAAUUUAGCGGAGAGGACUCGAUGGGCGGCAAUUCAUCCUAUAAAGGAGCGGCCUUGAACCAUAACGCACCUUCCACCAAACCACCAUGAACCUCAAGCUGCUUGGUCUCCUUGCUCUCAGCUCCGUACCCGUAGCAAUGGCGGGCCCUUUUGCCUACGCCCUAUGUCAAACUGGGUGCAACAUGGUUGCUGUGGGUUGUUACGCAGCGUCCGGAUUCACCUUUGGCACAGUCGCUGCCCCUGCGGCACCUCAGAUGAUCCUUGCCUGUAACGCAGCCCAAGGUGCAUGCAUGGCAGCAUGCGCCGCGACCGCGUUGCUGGCACCGAUUCCCUGAGCUCUUAGCUCUAUCCCUGUCAAUGAAGAGCCUCUGAGCAGUUGGUCCCAUGUUUUCUUGUCCUCACUGUGUCACUCUAUGCUUGUUUCUUAUUUGUGCUGUUCAUUGUAAUACCCAGUGUCUGCUUUGUCACCAUAUGUACCAAUAUUUUCCUUCUUUACGAUGACCUUGGAACACGAGUUUCGGGUCAAUUUUCACCUGGAAAGAGCAGAGAAUUCUUGUUUACAACAUACACUGUUAAAGGCAGUUAGUUGGAUGUUUCCAAGAUUGAAUAUGAAAGAGAGGAGCGAUGUAUAAAAUACAAGCACCAUGUUUCGGAACCAAGGCAAAUUUACAAUUUCUUCGAAUUUCCAUCCA